AUGCAUAACUCAACAGAUAAUUUGAUAGAUAGACAUAUUAAUAAAUGGCAUCAAGAAUUAGGUGACAUAUAUAUACCAUCACAUAUAGGAGUUGCAGAUUUUUUUCCACAUCUUGAAUAUAUAUCUAUACAUCAUAGAAAUUUCUUUUCUGAAGUAGAAGAUAAAGAGUUAUUAGAAUUAGCUGAUAGAACAGAUAUUGGUAAUCUAACUCAUGUUGCAUGGAAAGCCAUAGUUGAUAGAAUAAUUACAAAUAAAAAUGGAGAUCUGUAUACAACUUUAGAAAUACGUAAAAAUUCUAUGGCUCAUGAUUUAGUAAAUCUAAAACCUCAUCUAAUAAAUAAUGUUAUAUUUACUACAGGUAAUAUUAUCUUAAACUAG